AAUUCGCCGACGUCAAAUAACAGCCUGGCCAAUGACGCAGUGCAUUUUGGAAUUUCCGACUCUUGGCCGUCAGGGCCCAUCCCCAGCACACCUAGACUUGUCUCAACCACAAACUCCUUGAACAUGAGCUCUCGAGCAACAUGGCGACUCUGUGGGCGUAGUCAGAACACACGCCAUUGGCCACUCCUGGCGACAGUAUCCUCUACACAAUCGCCAGCUUUGCUACGGAUACAGUCACGUCCCAUCCACAAUGACGGUCCAAAGAGCUUGAAUCCGCUGGUCAACCCACCCGAUGUCACGCGACCACCACCGCUGACGCUGCCUCGACGCCGAGACUUUGAGUCGCCGAUAAAAUACUACUUCGAGCUGGGAAAGGGAUAUCUAAAAUUCUACAAAGGGGGCAUAAAAAAUGUCUGGACGAGCCGACGUCUCCUCCGCGAGAAGCUUCAGCGAACUCCAGUCGAUGACCGGCCAUCGAUAUUUAGACCGCACUAUGUCCCAAAGACGUUUUCCAGAGCAGACUGGGUUCUUCUCUGGAGGGUACGGCAUGAUAUGAUCAGACUUCCUCUGUUCGGGCUUAUGUUGAUUGUCAUUGGGGAAUUCACUGUCCUGGUUGUUGCCUACGUCGACAGUGUAGUGCCGUACCCUUGCAGGAUACCAACGCAGAUCUUCACGGCGCUUGAAAAGGCUGAGCAACGUCGCAAGGCUGCUUUCGAUGAGUUGGAAGCGAGACAUCCUAAUGGUGUCCUUAGCCCGCGCGUCACCCAGGCAAUUGCUCGGUCUCACGUCCUCAAGAGCUUGCAUCUAAGCGGUGCAAUCUGGGACCGUCUAGGCUUCCUACCACCAGGAAUGUGGCAGGCCAAGGGACGAUAUCGUAUGGCGUAUCUAGAGGGUGAUGACAGAAAUAUCGUCGAAGAUGGUGGACCCAUGGGACUGCACUACGAGGAACUCAGAAUUGCAUGCGCAGAACGAGGCAUUGACACACUCGGGAAAAGCGAGACUGAGUUGCGGGGGUGGCUCGGCGACUGGCUGCGUCUGACAGCCUCCGACGAUAUCGAUGAAAGGAGGCGACGCAUGGCAGUGUUGUUCCUGACCAGACCAGAGAAUUGGCCUCAGCAUAGAGAUUUUGGCGUGCCUGAAUGGCAACUAUGAAAUGUAAUGUAGCAUAUGAAGUUAGGAACAAUACAAAGGACCAAAGGGAGCAGUCAAUUGAUGUUGUCGCGUGUAAAUAUUAACUACUUGACCAUACGCUUUUGAGUGACUGGUCCCAGCUGUUUGGAACGACUUGGUUUGAAAUCGCCAACAGUAUCUUGGCUGGUGGGUUAGUAGCCAAGUCGACAAUGCGCCCAUAGAGUAUAUGUAUUAAGGGAAAAGGACUAUAUGGAUCUGUACCUACCUGUAUACGGAGUAAGAAUGAAUCUCAAGUAUCAUUCUAAAAAGCAUGUCAUAA